AUGAAGUGGCACCGCUGUCUCGUCGUCGCCCUGGCCACCGCAUGGUUCACCCCUCUGACGCUGCUCCUGAUGCCGCUCCCCGCGACCAGAGCGGUGCGCGUCAACAUCGACGGCAGGUUCCAACCCGCCUACGCCGAGGUGCUGGCAAGGAUCGCCGAAUGGGAGCCCAACAUGGCACCGUACCGGUUCGGCAUCAUGCCCGACGGCAACUUCUUCGUCGGCACGGAUCCCGGCACCGACUUCCCACCCGUCUUCUACCGCAUGCUGCGCAGGCGCGGGCUCUUCUACCGCGCGGUGCACAGGAGCGAGCCUCGAGGAAAGGUGACUGCUCCAUCGUCUGCUGCUCCUGCGGCUGAUGUCGCUGGAGCGCGGAAGAAGGGAGGGGGAGAGGUUCCGCCCGUCGAGGUGCUCGGCCCAGCUCUGCAGGGUCAAAGCAGCGUCGCGACCAGUCAACAGGCCAAGGCGCCUGGUCGCACCCCGCCUCUGGCCCCCGACCCCUCUUUGCCACCCGACCACCUCGCACCCGACUCGGUCGGCCAUCCGGAGACUCCAGGUCCACUGGAGCACCCCCACUCAACCGUCGACACCAAGGUGUCCUCACAGCCUCGACGCGUUUCUCCCCUCGGCGACACGGCCAUCUCGACAACGGACCCAGUCGAUCCAGCGGAGCUCAUCUCGCCCACACACCCACUUCACCCCUGGAGACGCAUCUACGUCUCUGAGCCGUCGGCAUCGGCUCAGUACGACCGUGAUGGCGACGAUCUCCUGUCCUACUUCGAACAGCAUGCCGGCGGUCAGCGUCGGUGA